UCCAGAAAAUCCAGAAACAAAAGAAAGGGGGGAUAAGGGGGGAAGCCGAGAGAAUUAAACCCAGUGAGAAUUGAGAAGAAAGAUCCCAAAUCUCAAUGGGCUUCUCCAAUUUCAGCAGCUCGUGCUGCAAUUAUUCCCCCAUGGGUGUUGGCUGGAAAUCGUCGAGCUUGUUUGCGCCGCGGAAUUUUCUACCCAUUAACAAUUCCAAUGGAGUUGUUUUUUCUCAGAAUCAAUCCCAGAAAUUCAUUUCCCCACGCGCUUCUGCUUCUUCCUCCGAUCCUCUUUUGGUCAAAGCUGCGAGAGGGGAACCGGUCAACCGUCCGCCCGCAUGGAUGAUGCGUCAAGCAGGACGGUACAUGGCGGUUUACCAAAAGCUCGCAAAGAAACAUCCGUCCUUCAGAGAGAGAUCGGAGACAACAGAUCUCAUCGUGCAAAUCUCAUUGCAGCCUUGGGAAUCUUUUCGACCCGACGGAGUUAUUAUUUUCUCCGAUAUACUGACUCCACUCCCUGCAUUUGGUGUUCCUUUCGAUAUCGAAGAUGUGCGGGGCCCGGUUAUACAGUCUCCUAUUCGUAACGAGGAGGAUUUGAAAGCUUUGCACCCGAUAGAUUUGGAUAAGUUGAGUUUUGUCGGAGAAUCUCUUCGGAUACUGAGGAAUGAGGUAGGGGAAAAAGCAGCAGUUUUAGGGUUUGUGGGAGCUCCAUGGACAAUAGCUACAUAUAUAGUCGAAGGAGGUACAACUCGAACAUACACAACAAUCAAGGGCAUGUGCCACACAGCACCCGAUUUGCUAAGGGCACUUUUGUCUCAUUUGACAAAAUCCAUAACCGAGUACAUAGUCUUCCAAGUCGAAUCCGGAGCUCAUUGCAUACAGAUAUUCGACUCGUGGGGCGGCCAAUUGCCCCCCGACAUGUGGGAAAAGUGGUCCAAGCCUUAUAUCAAUGAGAUAGUGAGAGCGGUUAAGCAGAGGUGCCCUCAAACGCCGCUUGUGCUGUACAUAAACGGAAAUGGUGGACUUCUUGAAAGGAUGAAAGGAACCGGAGUUGAUGUGAUUGGGCUCGAUUGGACGGUGGAUAUGGCCGACGGAAGGAGGCGCCUCGGAAAUGAUAUUAGUAUACAAGGAAAUGUGGACCCCGCGUAUCUCUUCUCUACUCACUCUGCCAUAACUGACGAAGUUAAAAGGGUCGUAAAUUGUGCAGGGAAAAAGGGCCACAUACUAAACUUGGGCCAUGGAGUUCUUGUCGGAACCCCAGAGGACGCAGUGGCUCAUUUCUUCGAUGUUGCAAGAAGCAUCAAUUUUGAUUCCCAAUUCGAAAGUUAUCCAGUUGGCGAACCUAAUAUGGUAGCUUGAGUCGAUUUUUCGUCGCAAAAAAAUUGUUUUUUUUUUCUUCUUUUUUUUGUAUAAAUAGGCUCUUCUUUUUCAGGAAUGAGUAAAUUAAUAAUCUAAUUUUUUUUGCAGCGUAGUGUUGUAAGUUGAUAUUUGUCGUCGUGUUUCGAAGUUGCAUGGUUCUUCUGUGUACUACUUGGUAAUUGUAAAGCCUUUUCGGACUGUGUAAAUGCAUUCUCAGACAAAAUUGAUUUUGAUUGGAAAAUGUGUAGUUAAAUUUCA